AUGCCUUCUCACCUUACUCACCAUAUCCUGCAGCAAGGCAAGCCGACCCUUCCCUUGUACGUAUCCCCCACAACCCCCUUCACCACCAGAUACAGCAGUGGACAAAGCUGGGCUACCCCUCACCGAGGCCCGCAGCCCCAGACCCCACCGGCACCGUCACCCUGUGCCGGAGCCUCCCCCCCCCCCGCCCCCCGCCGGCCCUGCCACGCUGUGCCCAAGCCCUCCCGCACCGCCCGCCGCCCCCGAGCACCCACCGCCAGAGUUCCCUGUCAGCCCGAAGCAACCCCUGUCGCCAUCGCAACGGGGCCCUGCCCGGCCCCGCCGCGCGUUCCGGGGGCCGGCGGCGCCCUCUGCCCCAGGAAACGGGAAAUACAAAAUGCCAGCGACGGCACAGGGAUGGUUGGAGUCCUGACAGGGGUUUCUGUGAGGCAGAGGUCGUGGGACGGCCCGCGUUUCGCUCAAACCACCAUCGACUUUGGAUUGGCUCUGUGCGUUGCCCUCCUUCAUAGGACACCAGUGCCUGAAUCACAUAACCCUGGGAGCCAUACUCGACCACAGAAAUAAAUUGUGAAUCACUAAA